AGGUAGUGUGCGUGAAUGAAAGACAAAGCUCAGUUGGAGGACAGCAAUGAUGAUGUUGAUGGGGAUGAUGGUCCUGAAGAUGAUGCUAGUGAAGAUGAUGCUAAUGAUGCUGACACUGAUGAUGAUGUGAUGACCCCCUCAGAUCUGGCGACCAGGAAGCCUGACGUGGAGCCAGAGAAGCAGACUGAUCACACAGUAAAGAUCGCUGGAGUCAUCGCUGGCAUCCUCCUCUUCGUCAUCAUCUUCCUCGGCGUUGUCCUGGUGAUGAAAAAACGCAGAAACUAUCACUCCUACACUUACUACCUGAAGCUGGCUAAGAAGCGUAAGGAGACUCUGAGCAGCACCCGGCAGGAGAUGACUCUGAUGGUGAACUCCCUGGAUAAGAGUUACACUGAGCAGGGCACCAACUGUGACGAGGCCGUCUCCUUCAUGGACACACACAGCCACACUCUCAACGGACGCACUGUCUCCUCCCCCUCGUCAUUCACCAUGAAGACUAACACCAUCAGCACCACUGUGCCCAACUCCUACUACCCAGAUCCCUUUGUGCCAACCGCCAUCUUGGAUGAGAACCACACCAUGACCAGCGACGCCAGCAGCCUGGUCCAGAGCCACAGCUAUAAGAAGCGUGAGGCGGGGGAGGUGCCCUACCAGACGGGCCAGCUCCACCCGGCCAUCCGCGUGGCCGACCUGCUGCAGCACAUCACUCAGAUGAAGUGUGCCGAGGGCUACGGCUUCAAGGAGGAGUACGAGAGUUUUUUUGAGGGUCAGUCCGCUCCAUGGGACUCAGCCAAGAAGGAUGAGAACAGAAUGAAGAAUCGCUAUGGAAACAUCAUCGCAUAUGACCACUCCCGCGUACGCCUGCAGCCUCAGGAAGGGGAGACCACCUCGGACUACAUCAACGCCAACUAUGUAGACGGGUACCACAGACCCAACCACUACAUCGCUACCCAAGGCCCGAUGCAGGAGACGGUGUAUGACUUCUGGAGGAUGGUCUGGCAGGAAAACACGGCAACCAUUGUCAUGGUGACCAACCUGGUGGAGGUCGGCAGGGUGAAGUGCUGUAAGUACUGGCCAGAUGAUACUGAGAUCUACAGAGACAUGAAGGUGACACUGAUAGAGACACAGCUGCUGUCUGAGUACGUCAUCAGGACCUUCGCUGUGGAGAAGAGAGGAGCACAUGAGAUCAGGGAGAUUCGUCAGUUCCACUUCACAGGCUGGCCGGACCACGGCGUUCCCUACCACGCCACCGGCCUGUUGGGCUUCGUACGCAGGGUGAAGACCAAGAGCCCUGCCAACGCUGGACCCAUAGUAGUACACUGCAGUGCGGGGGCUGGUCGUACAGGUUGUUUCAUCGUGAUUGACAUCAUGUUGGACAUGGCGGAGAGAGAGGGGGUGGUGGACAUCUACAACUGUGUGAGGGAGCUGCGCUCUCGAAGGGUUAACAUGGUCCAGACAGAGGAACAGUAUGUCUUCAUUCAUGACGCCAUCUUGGAGGCGUGUCUUUGUGGAGACACCACGAUUCCAGCCAAUCAGCUGAGGUCUGUGUACUACGACAUGAACCGCCUGGAUCCCCAGACCAACUCCAGCCAGAUCAAGGAGGAGUUCAGGACCCUGAACAUGGUGACCCCCACGCUGCGUGUGGAGGACUGCAGCAUUGCCCUGCUUCCCAGGAACCACGAGAAGAACCGCUGCAUGGACGUCCUCCCGCCAGACCGCUGCCUGCCCUUCCUCAUCACCAUCGACGGAGAGAGCUCCAACUACAUCAACGCUGCCCUCAUGGACAGCUACAAGCAGCCUUCAGCGUUCAUCGUUACCCAGCAUCCUUUGCCCAACACAGUGAAGGACUUCUGGAGGCUGGUCCUGGACUACCACUGCACCUCCAUUGUCAUGCUCAACGAUGUAGACCCUGCACAGUUGUGUCCCCAGUAUUGGCCAGAGAACGGGGUCCAUCGCCAUGGGCCCAUCCAGGUGGAGUUUGUGUCAGCCGAUCUGGAGGAGGACAUCAUCAGCAGAAUAUUCCGGAUCUACAACGCUGCACGGGUACGAAUCAAUCAAACACACACACACACACACAUAGACUCACGCAGACUCACACACAUACACUGCCGCGAGCCUAACCCCCCCCUUCUCGCCCCUCACCAGCCCCAGGAUGGGUACCGCAUGGUGCAGCAGUUCCAGUUCCUGGGAUGGCCCAUGUACCGAGACACGCCCGUCUCCAAGCGCUCCUUCCUCAAGCUCAUCCGGCAGGUGGAGAAGUGGCAGGAGGAAUACGAUGGAGGAGAGGGACGCACCGUGGUGCACUGCCUGAAUGGUGGCGGGCGUAGCGGCUCGUUCUGUGCCAUCAGCAUCGUGUGUGAGAUGCUGCAGCACCAGCGUUCUGUGGACGUGUUCCACGCAGUCAAAACACUGAGGAACAACAAACCCAACAUGGUGGACCUACUGGAUCAGUAUAAGUUCUGUUAUGAAGUGGCACUGGAGUACUUGAAUUCUGGUUAGCUGGGCUGAAGACACCCCACCCCCACACGGAGGCUCUGCCCCCGGCUGAAUGUGAUUGGAGGACACCUGGAUGCCCUGCUGACCUCUGCUACAGGAGUCUGUCCAACUGUAUAUGAGGAGGAGGAGGAGGAGGAGGAUGAAGAGGAGUGUAGAUGUCUGUUAGGAACCCUGAAUUCUUUUGACUGCCCAUCUGAACAUGUAUAUUAUGAUGAUAGCUCAGACACACACACACACACACUCACUUGCCCGAAUAACCCUAUCUGUAUCCUCUCCCUUAUUCAGCAGAACUUCUAACACACACACAACCGUUUGUACAGACCAAUGCUGUUUCCUUCUCCCUUCUUCCCCUCCCCUAUCGUCCCUCUCUCCUCUCCCCCAUCUCUCUUCUCUUCUUCUCAUAUUUCCCUUUCCAUGGGAAUACAAUGAUAUAACGUAAUGUUGAUAAAAUGUAUUAUUUUUUAUUUUCCAUACAUGUCUCAGUUUUCUCUCUUGCUGGUUUUAUAUGAUGAUGUUUUGUGGAUAUGAACUUUGAAACAGUUAAAUAUUAAAUGUAGAAAUGCUGAAGUAAAAGAAAAUCUGGCAUUAAGGAAAGAUGAGAAUGAUGAAAUGUCAGCGCCAUGGCGUUCGGCUGCUAUGACUACAAGCGUGUUGGUGAGACAGAGGGCAGGAGGGCCAACGCCAGAAGUCUGGUCAGGUGGCGUCCGGCGCGACUGUCUGUUCAUAGUGUAAAUAUUAUCUGGAGAUUAUUUAUUCCUGGAGUGUUUUUGUGAAGCACAUCAAGUGACAAUCAUGUUUUAUUUUGGUCAUGAUUUUAAAAAAAUCCUGUUUCACAGACUUUUGUUGCAAAAUGUUGGCCAGAUGUAUUGUAAGCCUUUUAUUUAACUUGUAUGGAAUUAAACAAAACAAAGUUACAAAUACAGAUCUAUACAUACCGA